AUGCUCCCUUCCCGUCGUAAUCAGCUGUUUACUUCUUGAUUAUUUGUGCGGAAAAGAAACAUAUUAUUUGUGAAUAAACUGCAAUGGCGGCGGCAACGAAACUGCUGAAAAAGUCUUUGGGCGCCUUUACACAAAUACAGCAAUGCCGAAGCAAUGCAAACUUCUCCGCCAGCGCCUCAGUCGGACAACGCAAUGAACUAUUUAACCAAGAGCAGCGACGUCAGAGGGAUGCGGUUGGCCGUAUUGAGAAGAUCGAAGUACGUUAUUUGGGGCUACCCGAGGACGUGACGCUGGUUAUGAACAGCAACAUCUCGACGCCAUUCAAUUGCGCGCAGCAUUUAAGCGAGGGACACUGCAAGCGGUCUGCGCUGGCCUUAGUAGAUGGCAGUGUUCCGUGGGAUAUGCACAGACCACUGCAAGAAUCCUGCACAUUGCAACUGCUUAACUUUAAUGUCUCCGAGCCUCACGUGGUCAACAAGGCUUUUUGGCGCACCUGCAGCUUCAUGCUAGGUGCUGCAUUGCAACGGGCCUUUAGGCAGGAAGCAAACCUACAGUUGCACAGUUUUCCGGGACCAAACAUUAAAUCGGGAAGUUUUGUGCAUGACAUCGUGCUUGGUGUCCAAAACUGGGUGCCGACCAAAGCUGAGAUGCGGGCCAUUUCGGCAGAAAUGGUGAAGUUAGCAGCACAGGAUUUACGCAUCGAGCGAUUGGAAGUGGAUCAGGAAUUGGCGAAGGAAAUGUUCAAGGAUUCACGCUACAAGAGCGAGCAAUUGCCUAGUAUUGCGCAACAAAAUCAGAGCCGCGUGACGCUUUAUCGUUUGGGCGAACAUAUUGACAUUUCGCGCGGCCCCAUGGUGGCAUCCACCCGUUUCCUGGGCAAGUGCACAGUUUCAGCGGCACACAAGUUGGCCAAUGAAGGUCCAUCGAGUGCAUUUUAUCGCAUACAAGGCGUGGCCUUGCCCAUCGGCUUUGCUCUGAAUCACUUAGCCUACGGUUUGCUGGAACAACGCGCCCAGAAAUUGAAUUCUGCUCGUAUGCCUAAUGAACCGUUUGAGGAGCAACGACAAAUGCAAUUAUCGUAAAUAUAAAUGGGAAUCA